CAAUCUUGAUUCACACAUUUAAAUUUCUGUUGGUGAUUAAUUUUAAUUAGUUGAUAAUUUAUUUUUUGACAGUGAUUUCUAUUGUUUUAUUGUUGUUAUCAUGGGUGAGACAGUUAAUUUUAACGAAUUCCAGAUGAUUGUGGUCAAUCUGUUGAAUGAAAACAAUGAUAUUCGAACCGAAGCUGAGAAUAAAUAUGAGAAUGUCGCGACUUUACUCAAAAUGGAAUUUCUUCUCAAAAUUGUAACCGAAUUGACCCUGGCAAAUGAGUUCACUCAACUAUGUGCUGUAUUGUUACGAAGACUAUUUUUCAAUCAGUAUGACUCCAUUCAACAGUGUAUGACUCCAGAGAUACUUCAACAGGUUCAAACUCAGUUGAUGCUACUGAUUAGAAAUUCAAAAAAUGCUAACAUAAAGAAGAAAAUAUGUGAAGCUACUGCUGAAUUGGCCAAAAAGCUGAUAGAUGAAUCCGGACAAAACCAUUGGCCAGAUCUUUUGAAAUUCAUGUUUGAAUGCGUCAAUUCACAAGAUCUUGUUUUGAAAGAAUGUGCCUUGAACCUUUUAUCACUGGUUCCUGGAAUUUUCGGAAAUGAAUUAGAUCGUUACUUGGAAGUUCUUAGGCAAAUGUUAGUACAUUGUCUAAAUGAAAACGAAGGUUCCAAUUUAGAAAUCCGAACUGCUGCUGUUAAAGCAACUUCUGCAUUUGUAUUAUGCUAUGAAGAUGAAAAAACUGUCACCAAACACCUUUCUGAUUGUGUUCUACCCAUGAUACAAUUAAUAGUAUUAACAAUAUCCUCAGAGGAAGAGCACUGUGAUACAAUUCUUAAAGCAAUGGCUGAAAUUGCUGAGAAGUGCCCACAGUUUUUAAGAUCUCGAACUGAAGAUCUUAUUCGACUUUGUCUUGAAGCAUUUAAAGGAGUUAACAUUAUGGAUACUCGGAAACAUCUUUGCAUUGAAAUGAUUAUUUCUCUUGCCGAAAAUGCUCCUCAAACAAUUAGAAAACGUGGAGCUCCUUAUUUAGGACAAUUAGUUUCACACUUAUUACUAAUGAUGACAAGUGUAGAAGAAGAUCCUGAAUGGGGAAUUACAGACGAAAUAGAAGAAGAUGAUUUUGAAAGUAAUCAUGUUAUUGGUGAAACCUCUCUAGAUCGACUUGCCUGUUCUGUUGGUGGUAAAACUAUUCUACCUAUUGUUAUGGAUGCUGUAUCUCAAAUGUUACAAAAUCCUGAUUGGCGUCAUCGAUUUGCAGCUAUGAUGGCUGUCUCAGCUGUAGGUGAAGGUUGUCAUGAUCAAAUGUCUCCCAUGUUACCCAGAAUUUUACCUGGUAUUUUACCUUUCUUGUCGGAUCCUCAUCCACGAGUUCGUUAUGCUGCUUGUAAUGCACUUGGACAAAUGGCUUCUGAUUUUGCGCCUGAAUUUCAAGAAAAAUUUCACAACAUUGUACCAAGUUUAAUGGCACUUCUUGACGAUCAUAUGAAUCCAAGAGUUCAAGCUCACGCUGGUGCUGCUUUAGUUAACUUCUUUGAAGAAUGUCCACCUAAAAUUGUUUCUAUUUACAUGAAUGAUGCAGCUAACAAGUUAGAAGCUCUGAUAACAAUGAAAAUUGAUGAAUUAAGAAGCAAAGGAACUAAACUUGUCUUGGAACAAGCAGUUGUCACUUUAGCUUCACUUGCCGACUCAGCUCAAGAAUAUUUUGAACGUUAUUAUGAUAAGUUUGUUCCUUACCUUAAGGCAAUCAUUGAAAUGGCAACAGCAGAUGAACUUAAAGUUCUUCGGGGAAAAGCAAUUGAAUGUAUCAGUCUAAUUGGAUUAGCUGUUGGUAAAGAGCGUUUCUGUAAUGAUGCCAAUGCAGUUAUGACGAUGUUACUUGCAACACAAACUGGUGAAAUUCAGUUGGCUGAUGAUGAUCCACAAUUAGCAUACAUGAUUUCAGCUUGGGCACGAAUUUGUAAAAUUCUUGGUCCUCAAUUCAAACCAUAUUUACCAUCAGUUAUGCCACCAGUGCUUCGAGCUGCUUCUUACAAGGUUCAAGUUGCCUUUUUAGACCAAGACGAUAAGGAUACAGUCCAAGCCGAAAAUGAUUGGCAAUGUGUGAGCUUAGGAGACUCGCAAACAUUUGGUAUUAAAACUACAGGUUUGGAGGAAAAGGCUACAGCCUGUCAAAUGUUAGUUUGUUACGCUCGGGAAUUAAAGGAAAGCUUUGCUGACUAUGUUGAGGAAACUGUUAAAGUUAUGGUUCCUCAUCUUAAAUUUUACUUCCACGAUGGUGUUCGCACCGCUGCAGCUGAAUGUUUACCUUUUUUGAUCGAUAGUGCCAAAGUUCGUGGCAAUGAAUAUGUCAAUCAAAUGUGGAAUUAUAUUUUCCCUGAGUUAAUCUCUGCCAUAGAAAAUGAAUCUGAACGUGAUGUUUUAUCCGAACUCAUGGCUUCACUUGAUACAUGUAUCACCAAUCUUGGACGAGAAUACAUUUCUGAUGAUCAAUUAAAAGCAAUUGUUAAUGUUCUCGACGAACAUUUGAAAGACCAUUUCACUAGAGCUCAAGAGCGAUUAGAGAAACGAAAAGAUGAAGAUUAUGAUGAAGGUGUUGAAGCAACUUUAGUGGAUGAGGAUGAUGAAGAUGUUUACAUCCUAAGUAAAGUGGCUGAUGUCUUGCACGCUUGUUUCUCCGUUUGUAAAGAUUACUUCUUACGAUUUUUUGAUCAUAUCGUUGGACACUUUGUUAAAUUAGCGGGUGGUGAUAGAUCUUGGACAGAGCAACAUUGGGCUAUCUGUGUAAUGGAUGAUGUUAUUGAACAUGGAGGAUCGGGAUGUGAAAAAUAUAAAGAAUUUUUCUUACCUUUAUUGGUCGCUGGAGUUCAAAGCACUUAUCCCGAACUGAGACAAGCCUCAUCUUAUGGUUGGGGAGUUUUGGCUCGAUUUGGAGGUCCAUUCUUUGCCGAUUCGUGUGCUGGUUGCGUUCCAUUAUUAAUUCAAAUGAUUCAAGCUCCUGAUGCCCGAGAAGAUUCAAAUAUAAAUGCCACUGAAAAUGCAAUUGCUGCUAUUACCAAAAUACUUCAAUACAACAGUAGUCAAGUUAAUGUUAAUGAAUUGUUGUCUCACUGGUUUACCUGGUUACCAGUUUGGGAAGAUGAAGAAGAGCUUCCUCAUGUCUAUGGAUUCCUUUUCUCUCUUAUUGAACAUAACCAUCCUGUUAUCAUGGGAGAAAAUAAUUCCAACCUUCCAAGGAUAGUAAGUAUAUUCAUGGAGGUUGUAUCUCGAAAUGCUAUCUUAAUGACUUCCGAAGUGGGGCAAAAAAUCAUAGCUUUAAUUCAUUCUUUGCAAGCCGAUGCAUCACUUUUCCAAAGAUGUGUGGAAUCGCUUAAUACUCAACAACAAGAAGCUUUGAAACAAGUUCUUACCAUGUCUCGAGAGGGCCAAUAAUAAUGCGAUAUUUUAUAUUUUGCAAAUCAAAAUCAAUGAAUAAUUUCUGUUGGAUAAUUUAUUUGAGAGUUGUUGAUAAAAUUUAAGAACAAGUGAAACCAAAAUUUCAAAAUUUGAAUAACAUAUUCAUCGAUUUCAAAUUGUUAA